GGCUGACGCUGUUGCCUAGAGCAGAGCGAGCUGGACGCGCCACCCGCGGGGCUGGCAGCUGCUUUCAUUUACUAGGAGACACUGUUUCCCCGCGGGAGAGUCCGGGAGCGCGCAGACACACACACGCUCACGGACACACACGCUUACGGACACACACAUACACACGCGCACACACGCGCUAGCGCGCUCGUUCUUCACAACUGCAUCCCCAAACCGGCAGAAAGAAGCUACUGCGAUUUCUCUUAACCUCUGCAUCGUCGGGCGAAGCAGGGCCAUUGUGCAUCAGGGAAAGCCCGGUGCCUGCGCUGCCGCCUUGGCUGGAAUGCUUGCCGACUCCUCUGCAAACUUCUAAGGCUGAGACCCUGAGGAACCCAGCUGGAGAAUGCCGUCUGAACGCUUCCUCAGUAUUCAAGAAAUGCUGACAGGCCAGAGGCUCUGCCACUCAGAAUCUCACACUGAUAGCGUCCUGGCAGCACUGAAUCAGCAGAGAAGUGACGGCAUCCUCUGCGAUGUCACCCUGAUUGCUGAGGAACAGAAAUUCCACGCCCACAAGGCAGUCCUAGCAGCCUGCAGUGACUAUUUCCGGGCCAUGUUCAGUCUUUGUAUGGUGGAAAGUGGUGCCGACGAGGUGAAUUUACACGGUGUGACCAGCCUUGGCUUAAAGCAAGCUCUGGAAUUUGCAUACACAGGACAGAUUUUGUUGGAGCCAGGCGUGAUCCAGGAUGUGUUAGCAGCUGGCAGUCACCUACAGCUGUUGGAGCUUCUCAAUUUAUGUUCCCACUAUCUCAUCCAGGAAUUAAAUAGCUUUAAUUACUUGGAUCUGUACAGACUUGCUGACCUCUUUAACCUCACUUUGUUGGAGAAGGCAGUGAUCGAUUUCUUAGUGAAACAUCUCUCUGAGCUCCUGAAGAGUCGCCCAGAAGACAUUCUAACGCUCCCUUAUUGUCUGCUUCAGGAGGUCCUGAAGAGCGACCGCCUGACCUCCUUGAGUGAAGAGCAGAUCUGGCAGCUAGCCGUGAGGUGGCUGGAACACAGCUGCCAUUACCAGUACAUGGAUGAGCUCCUGCAGUACAUCCGCUUUGGCCUGAUGGACGUGGACACUCUCCAUACAGUUGCCCUGUCCCACCCCCUCGUCCAGGCAAGUGAAACCGCAACGGCUCUUGUCAACGAGGCCCUGGAAUACCACCAGAGCAUCUACGCACAGCCCGUGUGGCAGACUCGCAGGACCAAACCGCGCUUCCAGUCAGAUACUCUGUACAUCAUUGGUGGGAAGAAACGCGAGGUCUGUAAAGUCAAGGAGCUUCGGUACUUCAAUCCCGUGGAUCAGGAGAAUGCCCUCCUAGCUGCCAUUGCCAACUGGAGUGAGCUGGCUCCCAUGCCCGUGGGAAGGAGCCACCAUUGUGUGGCAGUCAUGGGCGACUUCCUGUUUGUAGCAGGAGGGGAAGUUGAGCAUGCCAGCGGCCGGACGUGUGCCGUGAGGACUGCCUGUCGCUAUGACCCCCGCCGUAAUUCCUGGGCAGAGAUAGCACCCAUGAAAAACUGCCGGGAGCACUUCGUUCUGGGAGCCAUGGAUGAGUACCUCUACGCGGCUGGGGGCAGAAACGAACUGCGCCAGGUUCUGCCGACCGUGGAGCGCUAUUGCCCCAAGAAGAACAAAUGGACUUUCGUUCAGCCCUUUGACCGCUCCCUCUCCUGUCACGCGGGCUAUGUGGCGGACGGUCUUCUUUGGAUAUCAGGUGGAGUAACUAACACGGCACAAUAUCAGAACAGACUGAUGGUAUAUGAACCUAACCAGAAUAAGUGGAUAAGCCGCAGCCCCAUGCUGCAGAGGCGGGUCUACCAUUCCAUGGCUGCUGUUCAAAGGAAGCUUUAUGUUCUUGGAGGCAAUGACCUGGACUACAAUAACGACCGGGUCCUCGUGCGGCAUAUAGAUGCCUACAACAUGGACGCUGACCAGUGGACGCGUUGUAAUUUUAACCUGUUGACUGGCCAAAAUGAAUCUGGAGUUGCUGUCCAUAAUGAGAGAAUAUAUUUAGUGGGUGGAUACUCGAUUUGGACGAACGAGCCUCUGGCUUGCAUCCAGGUAUUGGAUGUGAGUAGAGAAGGCAAAGAAGAAGUAUUCUACGGGCCUACACUUCCUUUUGCUUCCAAUGGAAUAGCAGCAUGCUUCCUCCCAGCUCCUUAUUUCACAUGCCCUAACCUUCAAACUCUUCAAGUGCCUCAUCACAGGAUUGGCACCAUCUGAAAAGCCAGUGCUCUCUUAACAACCAUCAUGAAUACGAGGAAGAAAAAGGCCUGACUUUUGGAUACUGGGCAUGAAAAUACUCAGUGCUCAAUGCUUCCUUGUUUUGUUUUCUAGAUCUUCUAUUCAGAUAAACAUUAGCAAAAAAUGAACAGUUUUCUAAAAUACACAUUAUUGAAAACGCUUGUCAUGCUUCUCAGUGUGUGUCAAUAUACAGUACAAUAUGUAUGACUUUUAUGAUGGUGUAGCUUAGUGCUAACUUAAUGGUCCAUGGAUCUUUUAAGCAUUCUUUGUACACUUUGUCUAAUCAGUGCUGUCCAGGACAUUACCCUCUUAGUAAGGCAGUUUAUUUCACAAAUACUGCCAUCAGUGAUCUUAAAAAAAAUUGUCAGUACUUAAUCUCUUUACUACUUAAGCCUGGGAUUGUAAUUUUUCUUUUAAAAAUUUAACAUUAUACAGCCCUGCUGUAUAAGUAGAGACUCCUCAUUAUGACAUCAUAAAUUUUUAAAUACCAUAUUUUAUUCAAGGUAAUACAAAUAAUAGAAGUACACCGGAACAGCUGAUGGAAUACCCAGAUUUUUCACCUUGGUUGCUCUGUUACCUUGGGCCAGGAGCUUAACUUUACAUCGCUUCAGUUUUCUCACUUUUUAAGGAGGGCAAUUAUUGAUUUCCAUAUUAAUUCAGAAGAAUGUUGUAAGGAUUAGGCAAAUGCUCUGAAGUACUUUGCCUAAGAAAAAAAAAAUGUCACUCAAGUUACAAGGUAUUUUACUGUUUUAGAACCUUGUAACUGAAAAAGAUUAUUUUUGAAGUUUAAAAAUUACUAGAUAGAACUUGGAACACAAGCUAUGAGAUAAAUGAUUCUGAUAAGCAUGUGAAAGAGACAUGCUAAUUAUGAAAAAGGGAGUUUACUAAAGCCAAAGAUUCCUAAACUUGUACAAACACUUGCCUCAAAUAAUGUCUCUCAAACAUUUCAUCUAAGCUCAUUUAGUGAAAAAUGACAUUUUAAAGCUCAGAAAAAAUUAGUUGUACUAAUUUCGGUACCAUAAAGUGCUCUGACAUAAAUUUGAACCUAGUAUCAGUAGUUCUAAUAAAAGUUUUUCCACUUUGUUAAAGGUUAUGUCAAUCUUGAGAGCUUGUGGGAUUCUUCUCUACCACCAAUACAUAUUUUAUUACUACCAUUUUUAAUAAUGCAUGAGAGUUUUU